CUCACUCACUUCGUCGUCGGCUCUGCCAAAAAAAAAAAAAAAAACACUCUCUUAUUCGCCGGAGAUAUGGGAGAAGGGAAAGGCUCUACUCUAGUUUUCGUCCUCGUAAUCGCCCUCUGCUUAGUCGCCUUCGGCUUCUCCAUCGCCGCCGAACGCCGCCGGAGCAUUGGAAAAAGUAUACAAGAUCCAAUAACAAAUGCAACGUACUGCGUUUAUAGCUCUGAUGUAGCCACUGGUUAUGGAGUUGGAGCAUUCCUUUUCCUCCUCUCUAGUGAAUCAUUGCUUAUGGGUGUCACCAAAUGUAUGUGCUUUGGUAGACCUUUGUCCCCAGGAAGUGACCGCGCUUGGUCUAUUAUCUAUUUCAUCUCUUCUUGGAUCACAUUUCUGGUAGCUGAAGCUUGUUUAAUUGCUGGAGCGACGAAGAAUGCAUACCACACAAAGUACUUGAGCGCACAAGCCUUCUCGUGCGAGUCACUGCGCAAAGGAAUUUUCAUUGCAGGAGCAGUGUUUACGGUUGCAACUAUGAUCCUUAACGUCUACUACUACUUCCACUUUACCAAAUCUGUCUCUUCACCGCCUACGCACAAAGCAAACCGCUCUGGUUCAAAUAUCGGUAUGGCUGGCUAUGCAUAAACGUCUCGGAUGAAAAAUAGAAAUUGGUUAGUCAUUUGUGGAUGUAAGAAAAGAGGUUGUUGCACUGUUACUAUUGGUUACUCUUAUAUGUUUUGUUUGUUAUAUACUGUAUAAUACCUACUAUUUUGAUGAAAAAAGUUUCUCUCAUCUUA